UGCCCAGAGGCCAUUCCACGUAUCAGGGUGGACGGGAGCGAGUGGGCAAGAGCAAUAACUUCUACAAGGACAGCGAAAGGUCUGGGUGCGAGGAAGAAGGCCCAGAGACUGCCAGCUGCCUCUCGGGGACUCACAGCGUGGCUGAGGCGAGUCAGGCCCUCUCUCCAGCCAGGAGCGCACCUCUGUCGCGUCCCAGAUGCGCCGCCGCCCGGGUUCUCCGCUUGCAAAGCCUCUCCAAGUAGCCGGCACAGCAGCAGCCCAGUGGCUGGACAAAUCCCACCCCUGGCCCCGCCCGUCCAAUCCAGCCGGCUCGGAAACGACACUCCACUGCAGAAGCGAGGGGCGGAGAGGGGAAACCCAAGCCUUUGGGGGCUCCCGACAGCCAUGGGCCCCGACCCCCGCGCUGCCCGCUCCCCGCACCCGAUGCUCUGCGCGCUCUCCUUGCUGCUGGCCGCUGGCGGCCGCCUCGCCUCCGCCUUCAACCUGGACACCCGAUUCCUUGUGGUGAAGGAGGCCGGCAGCCCAGGCAGCCUCUUCGGCUACUCGGUCGCCCUCCACCGGCAGACAGAGCGGCAGCAGCGCUACCUCCUCCUGGCUGGUGCCCCCCGAGACCUUGCCAUACCUGAUGGGUAUACCAACCGGACCGGAGCUGUGUACUUGUGUCCACUCACUUCACAGAAGGACGACUGUGAGCGGAUGGACAUUGUAGAGAAAAGUGACCCUGACCACCGAAUUAUUGAGGACAUGUGGCUGGGAGUGACAGUGGCCAGUCAGGGUCCUGCAGGCAGAGUCCUGGUCUGUGCCCACCGCUACACCCAGGUGUUGUGGUCGGGCUCAGAGGACCAGCGGCGCAUGGUGGGCAAGUGCUAUGUGCGUGGUAACGACCUGGAGCUGGACAGCAAUGACGACUGGCAGGCCUAUCACAAUGAGAUGUGCAACAGCAACACCGACUACCUGGAGACGGGCAUGUGCCAGAUGGGCACCAGCGGGGGCUUUACCCAGAACACUGUGUACUUCGGUGCCCCUGGAGCCUACAACUGGAAAGGAAACAGCUACAUGAUUCAGCGGAAAGACUGGGAUUUAUCCGAAUACAGUUACAAGGACCCAGAGGACCAGGGAAAUCUCUAUAUUGGAUACUCAAUGCAGGUGGGCAGUGCCAUCUUUCACCCCAAGGACAUCACAGUCGUGACAGGUGCCCCGAGGCAUCGACAUGUGGGUGCCGUCUUCUUGCUGAGCCAAGAGGUGGGCGGAGACCUGCGGAGGAGGCAGGUGCUGGAGGGCACGCAGGUGGGCGCCUAUUUUGGCAGCUCCAUUGCCCUGGCAGACCUGAACAAUGAUGGGUGGCAGGACCUCCUGGUGGGUGCCCCCUACUACUUUGAACGGAAGGAGGAGAUAGGGGGUGCUGUCUAUGUCUUCAUGAACCAGGCAGGCACCUCCUUCCCUGCCCAGCCUUCCCUCCUCCUACAUGGCCCCAGUCAUUCCGCCUUUGGCUUCUCCGUGGCCAGCAUUGGUGACAUCAACCAGGACGGCUUCCAGGACAUUGCCGUGGGAGCCCCCUUUGAGGGUCUGGGCAAAGUGUAUAUCUACCACAGCAGCUCUGAGGGGCUCCUCACACAGCCCCAGCAGGUAAUCCAUGGAGAGAAGCUGGGAAUACCUGGCUUGGCCACCUUUGGCUACUCUCUGAGUGGACAGAUGGAUGUGGAUGACAACUCCUACCCUGACCUGCUGGUGGGGAGCCUGUCAGACCGCAUUGUGCUACUACGGGCACGGCCUGUCAUUAACAUCCUCAGUAGGACCUUGGUGGCCAAGCCAACUGUGCUGGACCCUGCAGCCUGCACAGAUUUCUCCUGUGUGCAGGUGGAGCUAUGCUUUGCUUACAACCAGAGUGCUGGGAACAUCAACUACAAGCAGAAUAUCACUCUGGCCUACACAGUGGAAGCCGACCGAGACCGCCGCCCACCCCGGCUUCACUUUGAAGGCAGCCAGUCAGCUGUCUCCCAUGGCUCCAUAUCCAUGUCCAAUGGGCAGGGCUGUAGGACGCUGAAGCUGCUUCUGAUGGACAACGUCCGAGACAAACUCCGUCCCAUCACCAUCGCCAUGAACUACUCUUUACCCGUGCGGACACACGAGCGUGAGCGUCCGCGGCUGGGAAUGCGGUCCCUGGACGCCUACCCGGUCCUCAACCAGGCGCAGGUUCCCGAGAGCCACAUUGAGAUACAGUUCCAGAAGGAGUGUGGGCCGGACAACAAAUGUGACAGUAACUUGCAGAUGAAGGCAGCUUUCAUGUCAGAGUUGGGGCAGCGGCUGAGCAGGCUCCAUUAUAGCAAAGACACCCGGAAACUGCUCUUGAGCAUCAAUGUGACCAACCCCCCCAGCCCCAAGAGGGCUGGGGAAGAUGCCCACGAGGCGUUGCUUACCCUGGAGGUGCCCCCUAUUCUGCUGCUGUCCUCAGUGCGCCCGCCUGGGACCUGCCAGGCCAAUGAGACCAUCGUUUGCGAGCUGGGGAACCCAUUCAAACGGAACCAGAGGAUGGAGCUGAUAAUCACCUUUGAAGUGGCCAAAGUAACCCUGCAAACUAGGGACCUCCAGGCACAACUGCAGCUAUCCACGUCCAGUCACCAGGAUAACCUGCGGCCCCAGACCCUGACACUGCUGGUGGACUAUAUACUCCAGGCCUCACUCAGCAUAGUGAGUCACCGGCUACAGAGUUUCUUUGGGGGAACAGUAAUGGGUGAGUCUGGCAUGAAGACUGUGGAGGAUGUGGGAAGCCCUCUCAAGUAUAUGUUCCAGGUGGGCCCAAUGGGGGAAGAACUGGCAGCCAUGGGGACUCUGGUCCUAGGGAUGGAGUGGCCCUAUGAAGUCAUCAAUGGCAAGUGGCUGCUGUACCCCACGGAGAUCGCCAUCAGUGGCAAUGGGUCCUGGAUCUGUCAUCCACCCGGAGAUCUGGUCAACCCUCUCAACCUUACUCUCACUAACUCUGGGGACAAGCCACCAUCUCCAAAGCGUAAACGGCGACACUUGGACCCAGGGGGAGACCAAGGCCCCCCACCAAUCACACUGGCUGCUGCCAAGAGAGCCAAGUCUGAAAUAACGUUGACAUGUGGUAGUGACAAGACCCGCUGUGUGUGGCUGGACUGUCCCAUUCCUGAUGCUUCUGUCCUUACCAAUGUGACAGUGCGAGCUCGAGUGUGGAACAGCACCUUCAUUGAGGACUACAGAGACUUUGACAGAGUCAGUGUAUCCAGCAAGGCGACGCUGUUCCUCCGAACCAGCAUCCCCAGCAUCACCAUGGAGAAUAAGACUGUGCCGUUCUCUGUGGACAUUGACUCGGAGCUGGUGGAGGAGCUGCCAGCUGAGAUUGAGCUGUGGCUAGUGCUCCUGGCCGUGAGUGCCGGGCUGCUACUGCUGGGCCUCAUCAUCCUCUUGCUGUGGAAGUGUGGCUUCUUCAAGCGAGCCCGCACUCGGGCCCUGUAUGAAGCCAAGAGGCAGAAGGCGGAGAUGAAGAGCCAGCCGUCAGAGACAGAGAGGCUGACCGACGACUACUGAGGGGGGCAGCCUCUGCCCCCGGCCCAUCCGGUGUGACUUCUUUAAGCAGACUCACUACUACCGGAUUAUGCCCAAGUACCAUGCAGUGCGGAUCCGGGAGGAGGAGCGCUACCCACCUCCAGGGAGUACCCUACCAACCAAGAAGCACUGGGUGACGAGCUGGCAGACUUG